AUGGCAGCAAAGUCGAAAAGGUUACUGAAAGUUAUAGAUGGAAUACGUUCUUGGAAUAUUAGCUCGUCUCAACCAAAUUCGUCACCAAAGUCAGCCAUUGAAAUCGACGAGUAUUUAAAGAGUGAACAUUUCCAAGUUGGAAAGAUCUCUGUGCAUGGUUUUCCUCACCAACCAACUUGCAUCGCUUUUGAUCCCGUUCAACGAAUUGUUGCUGUUGGAACGAAGUGUGGGUUCAUCAGGAUUUUCGGAAGACCAGGUGUAGACUGUAGCAUCUCUCAUCCUUCAGCAUCUGCUGUCCUUCAAAUAUUCUUUCUCGUCAACGAGGGUGGAUUGGUUUCCAUUUGUGGUGACGACGUUGCACACUUGUGGAACAUAAGACAAAAGAAUCCAGAAAUAGUACACUCUUUACAGUUCAAACGUGAACAUUUGACCUGCGGUCAUCUUCCUGUUGGCAGCAGUUGGCUCUAUUUGGGUACUGAUAAGGGCAAUGUGAAUUUCAUAAGUGUUCAACGGUUUACUACAUCGGGCUAUGUGAUUAAUUGGAACAAGGCUAUCGAUCUAUCUCAGUCGUCGCAUCCGGGGAAAGUUAUUCAGAUAGCUGAGAAUCCUCAAGAUCCUAACAAGAUUCUUAUUGGUUAUUCUUCGGGAUUUCUUGUAUUAUGGGAUCUAAAAACCAAACAGGGUGAUGCUCGUUUCAAACAUACAGAUAGUUUGUAUAGUGUAGUCUGGCACUGGGAUGGAAAAAGUUUCCUUACUUCGCAUAAUAAUGGUUUACUUGCAACUUGGUUAAUUCGCCAACCACAACGUCCAGUUUCUGUGAUCUGCCCACAUGCCCCUGGUGAAGCGGUUCCAGAUGACUAUAUAUUUUACGAACCGAUACGUUUGGUAGAAUGGCUGCCUACUAGAAAUGGCGAACCAUUCAUUAUCUUUUCUGGUGGUGGCCGUUCUCCUGGAGCUCAAACUGUCAUUCAUUCAUCAGUAGCUACUACUAAUGUCUCCUCGACGUCGUUACCUAAUUCAGAUUCAUCUGAAAAUGACCCAAAUUUAUCAUCAUCAUCAUCAUGUAUGAUUUCUAGUAAUCAUAUGUUGACUAUCAAAAGAGGCAAAAAGUUGGUUGUUUUACAAUUGGAUCAUAAACUUGUUCAAUUUACAACUCUUUGUAUGUCUCCUUACACAAGUGAGACAAUGGAUCCUUAUGCAGUUGCCAUAUUAUUGCAAGAAGAUCUUGUUGUUAUUGAUCUUUUAUCUACAAACUUCGCAACAUUUGAAAACCCAUAUCCAAUGGAUUUGCAUAGUUCUCCUGUCACCAGCUGUUUAUAUUUAGUUGAUUGUCCUGGAGACUUGAUACCUGCUUUCUAUUCUGUUAGCAGUCGUCGGAAUCGUACUCAAAGUGGCACGUGUGCUGAACCUGAUGUGUUCAGCAGUCGCGAAUGGCCUAUUACUGGAGGAGAAUGGCGAUUAAGUAAUCAACAAGUUCCUGAAUUAAUCAUAACGGGACAUGCUGAUGGAUCUGUUCGAUUUUGGGAUGCAUCCGAAGUUUCGUUGACGCCACUCUAUAAGUUUCGUACUUCGAAGUUGUUUGCAAACCCAUCAACUAGUACAUCUAAUCCUGUUGAAACAGGCAGUACCUCACUUUCUGAUGCAAAAGAUAUCAAUGCUCAUUAUUCUUCGAUUUUGUUAGCAACUGAAAGCGAUACUCUUGCCAUACAUUUCAUGCACUUCUGCUCGGAUUCCCGUAAACUGUUAACUGCAAGCAGUUACCAUACUUGUUUAUUACACUUCAGUCGUCGAGACAUAAAUCUUGAAACUGCAGUUAUGGAUAUCAAUAUGGCUUAUGAUGGAUUAGAUGAUAUUGGUUUCGCCUAUUCAGCUGGUGAUACUUUCUCUGAUGAUCAUCUGAAUACUGCUGAAAAUUUAUCCGGUAACGUGACUAAGGAUACUGUCCAGCAGUCAUUACCUCAUGUAUCCAGUGGGAGUGUUAGCUCUUAUCAAUCUGCAUCUCCAACAGAAAGGGAUUUACGUGUAUUCGUUCCAGUACGUCAAGGUAGCCAUCAUUGGCCUCCAGGCUACCAACCACUUCUUGUUUGUCGUGUAGGCAUACUUGGACUAAGCUUUGAGUCAAAUAUAAAGUCAAGUACCGAUCCUACAGCUUCCUGUCUCAUCCCUCCGCCAUCUAUUACAGCUAUUAGUAUGAGUUCAGCUUUUAGUUUAAUGGCUAUUGGAAGCGAAUUCGGCAUUGCUGUUGUGGAUUAUGUUCACAAGAUUUGCUUGCUGUCUAUUUCAUCUUCUGACUUAUUAAGUCGUGGUCCUAUCAAUUUAACUGGGUCGUCUGCUUCUGGUGAAGUGAAAUUCUGUGAUCAGAAUAAUAGUUCAGCUGGCUCAACUUCGUUGGCUAAUACAUGCAUUAUAAACAAUCAGACAGCUUUGAAAAGCGUCCACUCAAAUUCAGAUGCUGCACAAUCGAGUGAGUCACCUAGUACCGGUUAUACAACACGCUAUGUAUUAUCAAGAACUACAACUGUCAAAAGUGAAUUGAAACGUGCCAAGUCCCAAGUGGUUUUGGCCUGUCGAACAAAUCAAUCAUCUCGUCAACAAGGACAAACGUCUAAUGCACAAAACACUUCUUCAGAAAAGUGCUCCGAUCUUUCACAGUUUUCACAUCCGGGAAGUUUAACCGCAAGUUCUAGCUCAUUGGAUAAUCUAAACUGUGAGACAAUUAAAACAAUUUUAUUCAGUGAAUGGAUAUCCCCUAAACAAGACUUACAUUUUGUCCCAAAUCUCUGGAUCGGGACAUCUCGUGGAUGUGUCCUUGCUUUGAAUCUAAAGUAUCGAGUAUUGAAUAAUGUCCCAAUCAAUCACUCAUAUUGUAUUGCUUCUUUGUAUCGUUUACGUGGAGAUAUUAUUCACAUUAGCCUGUUGGAUAAUACCGGUGAUAUUUUACCGAGUCCUUCUGAGCGUUGGGAUGAUUCAUUUAUUUUCAAAGGGGGUGCUGCCUCUGAACUUUCGAAACAAGCAUCUCUUAUAUCUUGUUCAUCCAUAUGUUCUGAAGGAACUUCUAUGUAUACUAAUGCUGACGCAUAUAGUUCAACUGAUACUGGUUUCAAGUCUUGUGGUGGUGGUGGCAGUGUUCGAGCAUUGAAAGAGUCAGUUAUUCGACAAAAUACAGUCACCACACAUACGUCUUCAACAUCAACAUCGAGUCACUCUAGUACUAUACUUUCCAAUACUAUGAGCGGUGGUGUCAGUACAUUUCAAUCAAGUGGUACAACUGGACUUGAUUCUCCUACAACAUCCAAAGGUUUUAUCGAGUGUGACCGACAGCUGGUUGUCCUUUGUUCAGAAAAGCAAGCUCGAGUAGUUGCACUUCCUUCACAAAAUUGUCUUUAUAAGGUAAAAAUAACUGAAACAAGUCAAGUGGUACGUGCUUCCGUACAACGUUUGAGACCAUCGCAUAAUAGCGGAACAUCAACGGCUAGUUUCCUCGCAUGUUAUCUUGCAAAUGGACAUUUUGUUGCCUUCUCAUUACCGAGUUUACGUUUACUAAUGGAUGUGGAUUAUUUACCGUAUACAGAAUGUGUAAGCCGUUCGUUUGCAUUUGGUCAGUAUGGUCAAUCUGUGUAUUUGGUGUCGCCCUCAGAAUUAGCUAAAAUCACCUGGGCAUCAGAUGUUUGUGCGAAUUUACGUGAUAUGCAAGGUGAGAUAUUUCUACCAAGUAAUAUGCCAGAACCUCCUAAGAAAAACUUUUUCAAAAAUUUGUUAAGUGGAACUUUGGUAUCUUCAUUAGAUCGAGAUGAAUUGUUUGGUGAAGCAAGUUCGGGGAAGGGGACACCUGGCGCUACUACUCUGCUACCAAAUGCUCGUUUGGAAAAGUUAUCUGGUCAAACUGGUGCUGCCUCUUCUGAAAUUGCACGAGCUAGAAAUGCUGCUAUCGAGCGUGGUGAGCGGUUACAGCAAUUAGACCUACAAACGCAAGAGAUGGCUGAUCAAGCUAAAGGAUUUGGUCGUUCUGCUGCUAUUCUCGCUGCCAAAUACGAGAAAAAGGACAAACGCUGGGGUUUGCCAUUCUAA